CGACGCAGUCUGUGCUUUUGUCAGCGUUCAUGUUAAUUCAUCACCUGUAGUAUGCUUAGAGUGAAUAUUAUCCAGCGAUGGAGUAUCUUAUGACUCAACAGCUGUUUCGACUUUCGACGGUGGCAGUAGUCAGUAGAUGCAGAGGUUGCGGGCGCGACCGAGUCGAGACGGCGCGAGUCCGGGGUGCAGCCCCGCAUGUUGUCUCCAUUGUCUGUUGCUCCUGCUGGACAGCAGCCAUUCACCGUUGCAAUGGCUAAGAAUAGCCGCGACCGUGUUGUGCAUCAGCCGCCUGCAUACACCGUCGCUACUUUGCAGCCUCAUGCAGUGGCUCGACGUUGAGAAAUAUUUGAUACGUGGACUUCAACACUACACUGAGAAUCAAGCACUAUUUGCAUCUGAUCUGUGAUCGUGAUCGUAUCGUGUCUGUCCAAGGCAUCCGUCGUUGCUCGGCGGGUCUGUUUACAAAACAAACUGCCAGGCGGAAAAAGUCCGGCCUCCGAUCGAUCCUCACAACACUCUUCACACCAUCC